AUGGUGGUUAUCGAGGUUUCGUUUUCGCACGACACACCGGCGCAUGAGCUUGCUACGGAGUACAUCAAAAGCGGCACGCAUGCCGUGAUUUUCGUCGACCUCGAAUACCGCAGCCCCACUCAGCGAGCUGCUUCCGCCGCAUCAUCAGUACCAUCCACCGCCGUAUAUUCCAUCUUCCGCCGCUUGCGCACUCAGAAACCAAACGGCAAGUACGCCGUACGAACUGAAUGCGUUGUCAAUAAUCAGCCAUUUCUCACCAACACCUCGGACCCGGAUACCAUAUCUGAAGGCCACCUCGCGCUCUGGCUGUCUGAUUUCUGCCCGACGGACCGCCUCUCACGCGAUGAUGAGGAGGACACGGCUGUGCGCGUUUCACAUACGAAGCUCGCCGCCAUCCUUGCAGAGGCAGAGGAGGAGCAGAUGCUCUACGAUAGCCACCAACCCGGCCUGGAUGCUGAUGAGGAUUACGAGUCUGAUGAACCCGUAAAGCGCGCCGCCGACGCCUCUUUCAGCUCCUGCAACGAGGACCCGUCAUCGCAAGAGAAUAACCUUGACGAUCCUGAGUGGAAGCCAAGCGGGAAGACGAAGAAGGCCAGGACAUGA